AUGACUCGCUUUUUGCGGACUCCGAUUGCAUGGAAGAUGGUGGCAAUGCAACUGCGACACCAGAAGUGGACGAUGACGAAGAUACCCUGGACCGCAUUAACCCAACAAUUGACUUAUCACAGUACCCCCAGUUCCAGCUGAUCGAAAUUGGUGACGGUUCAGGCCAGAUUAUAUCUAGCCCUAAUUUCAAUAACAGCUCGAACUCGACAAUUCCGUUUUCCACCUCUUGUCCGGAGAACCUGGCAAGAAAUCGAACUGAGUUGGCUGAAAUCAGUCCGGGUCCAGUAGCAGAAAAAGAUAAAGACCGGAUUAAGAAAGACAAUCAUAACAAAGUUGAGAGACGUCGCAGAUAUCACAUCAACGAUCGCAUCCAGGAAUUAGGAUUGCUAUUGCCCCGAAAAGAAAUGACUAGUGUUGGUGGUAGGGAGAUGAAGAUCAACAAGGGCAACAUCUUGAAGAGUGCCUGUGAGUACGUUCGGGAAGCUAGACAGCUAGAGGAGGAGUACAAGUUGAUGGGAUCCAAACUCCAAGACUUCGACAAGGUCGCACAGUGCCUCCUCAGCCGAAUCAAUGAACUGGAGUGUAAUUGUAAAAGAGCAGGAGUCUCCUAUCCAAAGCCCUCUUCAGACCAGGAAAUAUCAAUGCAAGCGGUCGCCUCCGGACGGCUCUUUGGAGGCUUGUCAGUCAUCAACAACGGACAGCUUCUUAACUCCCUUUCUAAUAACCAACCUCAAACUGCCAGCAGCACACCUCCGUUGCCCAUUUCCCCACGUUCGAACUCGUCAAAUGCGUUCGAAAAAUCAGCUUCUCAGGGGCCUUAUUUGAGUCCCCUGGUAGCCGCGAAAAGUCCAUCGAUGUCAAGGAUCCCGACGGUAACAGGUCCCCGAGGCACUACAGAUCAAGCAGCUUCAGAUACUAAUUCUGAACUUGUCAACUUGCUGAGCACCCAAACUAGCAAUGGGCCAUCCCUAUUACCCUCCUACUUUCACCCUCAGUCUUCGUCCCAGUCCACCCAUUGUUUCAACCAAUCAGAUCACAAGUUGAGAAAUGUUCCAUCUAUCGUCAUGACCCCAUCAAGACAACACUCUUCGCAUGUGCCGGUAAGAGCAGUAGUUCCUCAGAACAUGCGAAUAUCAACAGGAAGUCACUCUGUUAGAAUAUCAGGAAAUCAUUCGAAUGUAAAAUCAGAGCCGCUGACACCGGCUCCAGCUACGAGCGAGUUCUGUCAAGGUCAAGAAAGGCAGCAUUCAGAAGCAGGGAAGUCUUCGGUAUCUCCGGAAAACUCAAGAAACCAGCAACGUGCUCCGUUCAAACAUUCCACUGGUCGGGCAAUGACAAAAUCUUGCCCUGAUCAGCUACCUUCGUCCCUAGCGGAUGUCAAACCAACUAACUUAGGAGGUUCGAAUUGUCUUAGCGAAGAGUUGUCAGCGGAGGAAAUAAAUUUGUGCAACGUAGUGAUGGAUCUGGACUUCUCUCCAGAUGUUCCAAGCGCACCUUUGGCCUUCGACCCAAAUGAGAUAGUUCAAACUGCAAGUAACAAUGGAUCGCAAAGUUUCAUGGACCUGCAUGAGGGCAGAAAUUACAGGAAUAAUUGCUUGCCAGAUGUGUCCCAGAAUUCGCUCGGAUGCAAUCCAAAUGUACCUAUCAGUAGUGCCAUGGACGACCAGCAAUUUGAUUUCGACAUGUCAAUGGCCGCAAACUAUUAGAAAAAUAGAGGGUAAUAUUUGUCCAAGUAGUGGAAUUAAUGUAUGCUCAAGUUCAAAAAUCAAAAGCAUCCAACAAAAAUAAUCGAAAUUUUUGCGAGCUUGC